AUGCUGGUGGUGGACGAGGUGCUGGAGGACGAGGAGCUGAUGGCCGAGGUGGCCAAGGACCCGCGGGGGCUGGUGACGCCCCGCGCCCGGGGGGGGGGGGGGGGGCCGGGCUCGAGGCGGGGGGGGGGCGGCCCCCCCGGCUCCGCUUCGGAGGAACGGGAUUUGAAACCGGAGCCUUUGGUGACGGUGGAUGAGAUCGGGGAGGUGGAGGAGCUGCCGCUCAACGAGCCCACGGGGCUGAGCGUGGAGGACGGGCUGAAGCAGAAGGAGGAGGAGGAGGAGGAGGAGGAGGAGGAACCCGGGGACUCAACGUCCUGCCCGGUGCCCGAGGACCCCAGCGCUUUGGUGACGGUGGACGAGCUCCACGAGGAGCACGAGGACAGCGCCAUGGUGACGCUGGACGAGGUGCACGACGACGACGAGGAUUUCCUGGCGGAUUUCAACCGCCUGAAGGAAGAGCUGAACUUUGUGACGGUGGAUGAGGUUGGGGAGGAGGAUGAGGAGGAGGAGGAGGAGGACGAAAGGGCUUUGCCAGGGGAAAACCCCAAGGAAGGUCGAGGCGAUGAAGAUGUCGCCGCUGCUGUGGGACCAGAACAAGAAGCGGCUGCGGUUCCAGGACCUGACGAAGAGGACAUUGUCGCUGUUGCGGGGCCAGAGGAGAUGGAAAUUCUGGGUGGUACGCAUCCAGAAGAGGAGGACGUCGGUACAACCUCCAAGGGAAAAGGGCUGGAUUACCUGCUCCCCAAGGCCGGCUUCUUCUGCCAGAUCUGCUCUCUGUUCUAUUCGGACGAGACGUCGGUGAAGAACCACUGCCGCACCGCGCUGCACCAGCAGAACGCGGAGAGGUUCAUGGCCACGCAGAAGGAGGAGGAGAGCGGGGGGGCAGAGCACGGCCCCAGGUGACGGGAGGAGAGGAGCGGAGCGUCCUUGCAGCCCCUGCAGCGCGGGGCCUCGUGUGUUCUGCGGCCGAGCCCUCGGUGGUUCUGUGCCCCUGGCAGCUCCUUGGUGUUGGCUGGAGCCGAGCUCGGGGGGGCGGACUGAAAAACCCACGGGGGGGUGGUGGCUUUGGUUUGUGUCCCCGAGCACCUGACCCCACCCCCUGCUUGCCCUGCCAUAAACGCCCUCCUUGUACAGCUGC